AUGGCUGCAAAAGCUUUGUACGUGGAAGACUUUGUCCGAGAAAACUCCACCCCAUGUCGUUCGAGACCCAGAACAUAAAGUUCGAGUGAACAACGACAUAUCCCCGCUGUUUAUCAGCAAAACUAAUAAUGAACUGGGACAACAAUUACACACGGAAGAAAUGAAUAUGUAUUUAUUGUUUCAACAGCAGAGUAUUAACUGAUCAAAGUUGAGCUUUUAAUAUUCUCUUCCCCCUUAUUAAAAGCAAUUGCUUAUUAUUUUUUAAUUUUUGGUCGGAUGAAACAGACACAAAGUCAAAUUAAAGUUUUCUAAAAACAAUAUUGUUCUGUAAGGAAUAUUUUUAAAAAACCGAUAAGCAUUACAUUUUCCCAUACUUCGGCGGCAACGCUAUCAUUACUGUGGCAUUACUGACGUACGCCGACGCAAGGCUGCACGUCAGUAAUGCAACUGCAGCUGUGAGUCAUCCAGCGCGCGUUAUCCACAGUCAAAGCAGGAAGUUUUCAAGUUCAAGUUGUUCGUGUAUAAAUUCCAGUGAUACAAAAGCAGAACAAUGGCAGAUAAAGAACUUGACAGAGUCAGAUCUCGCUUUGUGGGCAAAGUGUCCAAAGAAGUAAUUAAUCAACUCCUGGAUGGCCUUUUGCAUGAUGGUGUGUUGAAUGAAGGGGAGAAGGAUGCAGUAGUUGAAGAGAAUGACAGCAGAGCGGAUAAAGCACGCUGUCUCAUCGACAAGGUGAAGAGGAAAGGACAUGAAGCCAGCAGCAAGAUGAUUGCUCACCUGGAAAGUGUGGAUAAAACACUGUACUGUGAGUUGGGUCUGUCCAACGUCCAGCCUGCUCAGCCAGCUGCAGCAGGCCCGGUGGCUCAGAGUGGAUCAACUCCUUCAGACUCCAGUGUGGAAGAGUUCUGGAAGUCCAAAAUGGCCGAUCCAGAGGUCUAUCCUGUGACACAAACUUCCUUGAAGAACCGCGUAGCUCUGCUGAUCACUAAUAUCAAGUUUUCUGAGGAAUCAAUGAACAGAAGGGGAGCAGAGAAAGACGAGGAGAACAUGGAGAGACUGCUUUCAUAUCUGGGGUAUGAGGUGGUGAAAUACACAAACCUCACUGGAAAGGCGAUUGAUGAGGCUUUAAUUGACUUCACUAAACAUCCCAAACUAAAACACACUGACAGUGUGUUUGUGGUUCUCAUGUCUCAUGGGAAGCUGGGGAAAAUUCUUGGGGUUGACUGGAAAGAGGACAAACCAGAUGAAUUUCCAAUCAACAACAUUUUCCAACACUUGGGCUCCAGGAACUGUCCAGAGCUAAGAGAUAAACCAAAGGUCAUCAUCAUACAAGCCUGCAGAGGAGAACAAAGAGGAAGCGUUCUGGUCAGCGACAGUCCAAACACAGCAGAACAUGUUCCACAACCUGUGGACCUGGAAGAAGACAAGCUUCAAUUUGUUCACAUAGAGAAAAACUUCAUUUCUCUUCUUUCCUGCACACCUGACACUGUGUCGUACAGACAACCAGAUCGUGGGUCUCUCCUCAUCCAAUACAUUGUGGAGGUUUUCACCCCAGAGUCGUAUAAGGAACACAUUUAUGAUCUGUUCAGGAAGGUCAUGCGGCGUGUUGAACAGUUUAGGAGCCAUGAGAAACUACAGAUGCCAACAAUUGACAGAUGCACACUGACAAAGAGCUUCUACCACUUUCAAGGCCUCCUGCACAACGAUCACUAAUGUCACACAGCUUUGUGUGAUUUGAAGCACUUAGUAGUUUUUGUACUAAAAGUAAUAAAAAAGAAAUUUUUUGUACUUUAUAUUUGAGCUAGUUGCUCAAACCAGCUAGUUUGAGCAACAAACCAACCAAUUACUCAGCCAAUACGAACUUGUUCUCCUGUUAAUCUAGAGCAGAAUGACCAAAGUGUUUAUGAUUCUGUGUAAUAAUCAUAGUGGAUGUUGAGUUAUGCCAGUUUCAGCUGCAGAGGCAUUUUGCUGCAGGCGCUAAGGACGGAGCUAAGCAUUUUCUGAGGAUGCUAUGCUGGAUAAUUUGUUCUUACAGUUCUCAACACACACAGAAGCAUGCACAUAUACACCAGUCACCAAUAUGUGGCUCUCUGGUUUUUAGUUUAAGUAUAUUUAGGGCUGGACGACAUGGCUGAAAAAUGUAUAAUGAUAGAAGCAUUUCAUAUAAGCCGAUGUCGAUAAUUGUUCAUUAGUUUGUUGUUUUCAAUAUCUGAAAUGCUGCCAAACUGGUGAUGUAAUCAUUCCAGUUUUAUCCACAAUUUCCCCUUAAGCUGUUGAUUUUAUCCUUAGAAAUUUGGGUUGUAGAAAAUGAUCCAUUUUCACAUUAUGUGCUCCUUUCAGAAGUGAAAAUAGGCAUACAAGUUCAUUUUCUGUUGCGAGAUGGGAUUUCUUUUAAUCCAGUACAUAAUUAUUUGUUGUUUUAUUUUUUUAAUUAGUUGUGUUUUUUGAGGAAAAAUACCACAACAAUAUUAAAUAAUAUUAUCUUCAAUGAAAAGGAAAAUAACCUGACAUUUUCUAUGACCUCUAAAGGGGGCGCUACAGCACCAAUGAAAAUGUGGAGCUUUCUUUAUUUCCAAUAAAGAGAAUCUGUAUCAUAUAAAGAUUCCACCACUUUUUGGUAGAUGUCAAUAUAUUAUGUAUUUACUAAAGACAUCUUUGACCCAAAUAUAUAAAUAAAAAUAACGACUUCCUUGAAAUCUCGACUAAAAGCCCAUCUGUUUAGAGUUGCUUUUGAAACAUCAUCAAUCACAAAUUUAAUGAUGGGACUUGACUUAAUGUAAUGUUUUAA